GAUUAUAUUUCACAGAAUAGUACAGUUUGCUGUUUCGAACCAUUUCAACAGACUCAUCUCCUCUGUAAACUUCAACAUAUCUUCUGAAGCUGGUGCCAACAUGCAAAGUCAACGUUCAAGGCAGUUGUUGAUGUUAAUAGCUUACUUUGUGAGUAUUGUAUACAGUGUUCCUGUAGUGAACAGGAAGGACUUGAAGAAGUUUCUAGUUCAAUUUGGGUACGUCGAUAUCUCAAACCCAACGGAAACAGCUGGCGCUGGUGAUCAAAAUUCUCCUGUGUUCAGAAAGGCGAUAAGGACACUUCAAUGGUUUGGUGGUAUUCCUGUGACGGGAAUUAUUGACAGGAAAACCCUCGAGUUAAUCAGCACAUCAAGAUGCGGUAUGAAAGAUCCACCUCCUCCUUCCUCGAGAGGGAUCGGAGAAUUCAAGAAACAGGGAACUUAUUGGAAGAAGAGGGAUCUAACUUAUAAGAUCGUGAACUACACCAGUGAUAUCCCAUCUCGGAAUAAACAGCAGCAGAUCUUUCGAGAGGCCCUGAGAAAAUGGGAAGCAGCUUCAGAUUUGCGUAUACGACAGGUGUAUCAUGGUUAUGCAGACAUCCCUAUCAGCUUUGUUACUAGAGAUCACAAGGACGGCUAUCCAUUUGAUGGACCAGGGGGGACAUUAGCUCAUGCCUUCUAUCCCCAUGAUAACCAAGGAUUAUCCGGUGACGCUCAUUUUGACGAUGAUGAGAAGUUCACCACAGAGACACCAGACGACGGCAUUAACUUGGACUGGGUAGCAGUUCACGAGUUUGGACACAGUUUGGGUCUGGAACAUUCCAAUGUGCGAGACUCAAUCAUGUACCCCUGGUACAAGGGGUAUGUCGCGGAUGUUAAACUGACCGAUGAUGACAUACAAGGAAUUCAAGCUUUGUAUCCAAAGCCAACAACAGCACCAAUCUUAAGGACCACAAAUAAAGCCACAACAAAAGCCACAACUACCCAGCGUCCGCGGAUAACUCUCCGCCCUCGUACCGUUACUUCUCGCCCAACUCCACCAGAUCUUUGCGAUAGUUCCGUCCGUUAUGACGCAGUCUCUUUAGAUCCCAGGCGGCGGAUGACGUACUUUUUUGUGGGAAAUUGGUUUUGGAUCGUGGACAGAAGACUGCGCAGGAGUGGUCCAUUCACUAUCAAAUCUUUCUGGAAGGAGGUGAAGACCCCCGUGGAUGCCGUGUACCGCAACAAACGGAGAAACAUCGUGUUCUUUAAAGGAACAGAGUUUUGGGAAUACGACUCACGAAGAAUUUUGAAAUCUUCCGGUCUCAUAAAAAGAUAUGGGCUUCCCUUGAGUCUGGCAAACAUGAACGCAGUUUUCAUUUGGGAAAAAAACCAAAUCACCUACUUCUUCAAAGGAACACAAUAUUGGCGGUAUAACGAAUGGACCCGACGCACAGUCCGAGGACCUUCAAGAAAUCCGUAUCCUAGAAAGAUCCGAAGCGCUUGGAAAUUUCCUGAUCAUAUUGACACUGCGGUAACGUGGCUCAACGGAAAAUCAUAUGUGUUUCUGGGGAGUCAGUACCUCAGGCUAAAGAAAGGGAAACUUCUUCUGGACGGAAGACGGAGGAACACAGCUCGUAGGUGGAUGAAGUGCAGAUCCACUACAGGAUUUAGCUUUGGAGCAUUGGCAUCUGGACCCUCGAGUUCCAACGAUCCGUGAAUGUCAUCGCGCAACACUAUCUUGUACUUUAUAUCUUUCUUUCCAUGCUCCGAUAAGUUCAUUGUAUCAGUUAAAAAAAUGUUGUUAUUCCCAUUGCAAUUUUUUUAGUUAUUGUG